AAAACACCCAAGUGUCCCAUAUGUUUUGCAAACGCGUGCAAUUUUCGACUUUUCUUAUAAUUCCUUCUGAGUCCCGAAGAAAGGCAGUAAAAUCAUGUCUGAUUCUGAAGAAAGCUCUGUGGAUAUCCCCCCAGAUGAUGAUCCAGAGAAGGAAUUGAUCCGAGAAGAGUUGAAAAACAUGCCUUUUGAGGAUUUAAUCAAGCUUAAGGCAAAGCUUGGAGCCAAGGUAUAUAAUUCCACAGUUCUUGGUAUCAGCAAGCCGACAGAAACGGUGAAAAAGCAGGGAUUCAAGAGGGAGAAUAAGAAUCGCCCAAGAGAAAUGAGUUUUCGAAAGCCCAUUCACAGCAAGAAACAGAAAGCAACUUCCACGACGUCCAGAGAUCCUCGCUUUGAUGAGAAAUGUGGGGAAUUCAGUAGGAGCGAAUUCAAGAAGCGAUACAGCUUCGUUGAAGACAUGAGAGCACAGGAAUUAGCUGAAUUGAAGGCAAACCUGAAGAAAACUGAGGAUCCGGAGGAGAAACUGAAGCUCAAACAUGUCAUUCAGCGCCUGGACAAUCAACUGAAAGAGUCGAAAAAGCAUAGAAAUCGAGAAGAGACCCAAAAGGCUGCAAUUCGAGAAGUUCAGCAAGCUAAAGACGAAGGAAGAACUCCAAUUUAUACAAACAAGAAGCAACAAAAGCUGAAGGAGUUGGUUAAGCAAUACCAGGAUCUCAAGGAGACGGGAAAACUGAAGAAACACAUUGAAAAAAGGCGGAAGAAGAACGCUUCGCAGGACAGGAAGAAAAUGAAGUCGUAUUGAUAUAAAUUCUAUUAUAAUCUAAACAAAAC